AUUAUCUCUCUCCUCAGUAGCUAAACCGGUACAUUCUGUGAGUCCCACAGACCGCCAUAGCCAACCAUAGAGAGAGAAACCGAGAGUUAAGACUUAAGAGAGUGAAGCAUAGAAAUAUGCCCCCAAGGAAAAAGUCAAAGGCUUCAUCAUCUUCAACAUCCAAGAAAACCACUCAAAACACCAACUCUCAGCCUUCUAAGUAUGGUAUCCAGCGCUUUUUUGGGCGUCUUACUCAAAACCCUACAAAGGAUGAUUCUACUAAUUCCCCCCAAAACCCUACAAAGGAUGAUUCUGCUAAUUCCCCUCAAAACCCUAAACCUUGUUCCAAUUCUCUGAUUUCGGAACCACCCAAUGGAUCGAAAUUAGCCGAAAGCAGGUCGUAUUCGAGGCCAAGCGAGGGAGUGAAAAAUGGGGUUGAAAAUGGAGUUUCCCAGCGAAUUAAGGUUCGAAAAGAUACCGAGGAAGUGGGUUUAGCUGCUUCUGAUAAAAACCCUAAAAAUGGGUCGGAAUUGAAAAGGGGUGGAAUUGCAGCAUCUGAGAAAAUUAGGGUUUCUAAGAAUUUGGGUUCCUCUUCCGCUGAUGGUCAAAGCUCUAAAAAUGGGUCGAAAUUAGGAUCUGAUUAUACCCCGCCUGAAAAUUUGUUGGUGGAAUUGACUAAUUCGGAUGAUGUUUUUGAGGUUUCGCCAGAAAUUUCAAAGUGCAACCCUAGAAAACGUUUCAAGUUUUCUCCUGGAAUGUUGAUAAAGCAAAGCCAAGAUGACGGAGGAGAAGAGGUGACAUGGAGGAUAUCCCCUGUGAAUGAGCGCGUUCGAGCCAUCUCUAAGCUUGCUCCUGAUGUGGUGAAAGCUUUAGCUGAUGCUUCAAGGCUCAAUUCUUCCAGCUUCCAGAAAUUGUCUGACAAUUGUAAGUGGCACUCUAGGGAGGGAAUGGUUUAUGAAGAACAGGCCAUGCCAACAGUAACACCUGAGGCACUUGAAAAGUCAACCUCUAUAUCAAAUGGUACUGUCUUUAAAAGGGUGAGUAAUGGUCAUGCUACAAACACGGGUGGCCAAUAUGGCAAUGUGCCAGAUUUAGAUAAUUCAGAUGCUAUUAGUUCUCAGAGCCCUUUUAGAACUCCACCUUCAUUAUCAUAUCGACAUGACAAGCCUGCUGAGAGUGCUGUUCAUAAAGACGGUCUAAGAGAAUGGACAGGACUUAGGCAGCACAAAAAGGACCUGUUUGAACUUCUAGAUCAAGUACAGAAUGCAAUUUCAGUUGAAGACCAGAUACAUUCAUCUGGUAUUUGCAGUAAAACCAGUGAUAAGAGACCUGUAAAGGUUAAGUCAACUAGUAAUAAAGUGGCAAUGAAGGCACAAGAGGAGGCUAGUUUGCGAUUUUCUGAUCCUUAUUUUCUUGUUUUAGAGGUCACUGAGAAACGUGCCACUACUUCAGAUGGAGCUCAGUGUUCGUUGAAGGUUCUCCGUGUGUUAAAUGAGCUAAGUGGGGAGGAACAGUGUGUACAUCUGUGGGAUGACUGGUUCUACAGUGUGAUUGAGCCUGGAGACUCCGUACGAGUUAUUGGAGAAUUUGAUAACCAGGGAACUUGUGAUGUAAAUCAUGACAAUAAUCUUCUUGUUAUACACCCAAACCUACUACUUUCGGGGACUCGGAUCGCGGGUAGUUUCAGUUGUCCUAGACGAGCAGUGUUGGAUGAGAGGUUGAGAGGUGGUGAAACCUCUACUGCAGCAUUAACUGGCACCUUGCUGCACCAAAUCUUUCAGGCCGGGCUUUUAAUGGAGAAUCCCACAAUAGAGCCGCUUCAGGAAUUUGCAAAGAUUGUUCUUCAGAAAAAUAUUGAAGGCUUGUAUGCAUGUGGAGUACAGGAGAAAGAUAUGCGUGAAACCUUGAAUGAUGCAAUUCCAAGGAUGUGCAAUUGGAUAAAACAUUUUCGGGACUCUCAGAUUUCCAAUGCACCUACAGUUGAUUUUGGACCUAAUGAUGGACCGAUGAAACUGAGCAUAUGUGAUGUAGUUGAUAUAGAGGAAAUGGCAUGGGCACCAAAGUAUGGCUUGAAAGGAAUGAUUGAUGCUUCCCUUCGAGUACAAGUUCUCUCAAGUUCCGGAGUAACUAAUGAAAAGAUCAUGCCCCUAGAGUUCAAAACUGGUAAAGCAACCAGUGGACAGGCCUUGACAGAACACUCAGCACAAUUGAUUCUAUACACUCUUCUCUUGUCUGAAAGAUACAUGCAGAAGAUUGAUUCUGCUCUUCUAUAUUACCUGUCGACAGAUCAGACGUUGGGAUCAAAUGUGCGGAGAUCAGAUUUGAUUGGACUGAUCAUACGUCGCAAUGAACUAGCACAUAGCAUCAUUAAGGCUUCAAAGGUGCAGCAAUUGCCACCGAUGCUCAAGAGUAUAAAUAUGUGUAGAAGCUGUCGCCAUCUCAAUGCUUGUGCCAUUUAUCACAAGGUGCAUGGUGGAAGUGCUGAGAGCAGUGGGUUGGGAGACCUUUUUGAGUCAUUGACAGAUCAUUUAACAACCACUCAUAAAGUUUUCUUUAAACAAUGGGAUAAGUUAAUUGACCUAGAAGCUAAAGAGUUGCAGCUUCCCAAAUUUGGGCAUGGGAGAUCAUAUGUUUCAAAGAAUGAAAAUUUCUCCAGCUGCCUCUCUGCGGUGGUUCUUGACGCCUCAGAUGAGCUUCACUUGCAAACAUGUUCCAAAGAUGAACGCUUUGUAUAUCGCUUUGUGCACAAGGACAAUCCCGUUUCUAAUCAGAGAGUGCUUAAUCAAGAUUCUAAUUCUGCGGAGAAUGACUUGCAUUCCAGUCUCCGCAGUGGUGAUCGUGUGAUAUUGAGCACCGAGUCCAACAAUCUUGCAGUUGCAAGUGGUAUUAUCACAGAUAUCAGUCGCUCUCAUGUUUCAAUUUCAUGUUCGAAGCGCUUGCGGCUUCCAAGGAGUACUAUAGCUUCAAUGUCACAGGAUUUAUAUCAGGAAGUCUGGCGGAUAGAGAAGGAUGAAUUUGCUACAUCCUUCGCUACCAUGAGGUUCAACAUGGUACAGCUCUUUCUGCUAAGUGCACAAAGUGAUCGUUUGAGGAAGCUAAUUGUGGAUCUCGAGGCUCCUAGAUUCGACAGUGGGUCUAUACUUAGCCAAGAUCCUGCUAUAUCCUACAUUUGGUCUGAGAAAAAUUUAAAUGCUGAUCAGCGCAGGGCAAUUAUCAAGAUUCUCACAGCUAAAGAUUACGCUCUUAUUCUGGGAAUGCCUGGGACUGGAAAAACGUCCACUAUGGUAUACGCUGUCAAGGCUUUGUUGAUGAGAGGAGCAUCUGUCCUGCUUACAUCAUACACUAACUCGGCUGUAGAUAAUCUGCUUAUCAAACUAAAAACUCAGGAGAUAGACUUUGUACGUAUUGGACGAUGCGAAGUUGUGCAUAAGGAAGUUCAAGGGCAUUGUCUGUCAGAUAUGGACCUUCAUAGUGUGGAUGAAAUCAAAUUGAAGCUCGAUCAAGUCAAAGUUGUUGCGGUUACUUGUCUCGGAAUAACUAGUCCUUUGCUCACAAAUAAGAAAUUUGAUGUUUGCAUAAUUGACGAAGCUGGACAGACUAGCCUUCCGGUAUCUCUUGGGCCUUUGAUGUUUUCUUCAAAGUUUGUCCUUGUUGGAGACCAUUAUCAGCUGCCACCACUUGUGAAGAGUGCAGAGGCUCGAGAAAAUGGAAUGUCUGUAAGUUUGUUUCGCAGGCUAUCAGAAGGACAUCCUCAAGCAAUAUCAGCACUGCAAAGUCAGUAUCGUAUGUCUGCAGGUGUCAUGAAAUUGUCAAAUGCCCUUAUAUAUGGUGAAAAACUGCGUUGUGGUUCUCCAGAUGUGGAAAAUGCAAAGCUUAAGUUAUCAAACAGAGGGGCCAUGUCAUCAUGGUUAAAGGAGGUUUUAGAUGUAGCCAAACCAGUAAUAUUUAUCAACACAGAUAUCUUACCUGCCUUUGAGACAAAGGAGAAGAAGACUGUGAAUAACCCAAUUGAAGCUCAUAUUGUAGCAGAGGUCACAGGGGCAUUAGCUAAUCAUGGAGUUGAAAAGGGGACAAUCGGAAUCAUUACCCCUUACAACUCUCAGGCAACUCUAAUCAAACAUGUUCUGAAUAUGGAAGCUGUGGAGGUCCACACAAUUGAUAAAUAUCAGGGACGGGACAAGGACUGCAUAAUUUUGUCCUUUGUUAGGUCAUCUCGAAAUCCAAGGAACUGCUCAUCUUCACUACUUGGUGAUUGGCAUAGAAUCAACGUGGCUUUGACACGUGCUAAGAAGAAGCUGAUAAUGGUGGGUUCAUGCAAAACUCUUUCUAAAGUUCCACUUCUAAAGCUUCUCAUUGAAAAAGUUGAAGAGCAGUCUGGAAUUUUUUGUAUCACCAGGAAGGAUUUUGAUCCCAGGAUAGUUGAAACAAUGCUCAUAUGUUAGAUGAGUGUACAUAUUUAGGCAUGUAUCCUUAAUUUUUGACAGGUCAAUAAUUUUCCAAUUUUUUGUAUCAUUCUUGAAAUCUGUAUAUAGAACAUUUUGUACCAUAUAAGGAAUUGGGAAACGGAGUAGUGUUGUAACAAAUAAAAUGUACUCCAUACUUCAGACAAGAAUUAACUACCCUAACUUUGCAGUACAA